CAUCCUGUUCCCCGUCGCCGUCGCACCCAGGUGUUUGCCUGGCACUUAGGUGAGUCGUGUGCGGCGGCGGUUUCGGUCUGAGCCUCCCGCCUCUUCUCUCGGAGCCGUCCUCAAGCCCCGAAGGCACGGAGGGGCCCCAGACCAAAGGCGGUGGGCGCCCCAGCCCCGGCCCCGCCUCGUCGCUGCCGCAGGCGCCCCCCGCGCACACCCCCAGAGGCGGCGCCCAAGUCGUCCCGGGUCGCGGCGACAUGCCCGAGCUGGUGGUGACAGCGCUACUGGCGCCGUCGCGCCUCACCCUGAAGCUGCUGCGCGCCUUCAUGUGGAGCCUCGUGUGCUCCGCGGCGCUGCUGGCCGCCGCCGUCUACGGCUGCAUCGCGCUCACACACGUGCUGUGCCGGCCCCGGCGCGGCUGCUGCGGGCGCCCCCGGCGCACCCCACCCGCUUGCUUGAGCAACCCCACCCUGGGCGAACACUGCUUCCUGACCCUCAAGAGCUCGGGCCUGCGCCUGCACUAUGUCUCCGCUGGACGGGGCAACGGGCCCCUCAUGCUGUUUCUCCACGGCUUCCCCGAGAACUGGUUCUCCUGGCGCUACCAGCUUUGGGAGUUCCAGAGCCGUUUCCACGUGGUGGCCUUGGACCUGCGGGGAUACGGCCCCUCCGAUGCACCUCGGGAUGUAGACUCUUACACCAUUGACCUGCUGAUGACAGACAUCCAGGAUGUCAUCCUGGGCCUGGGUUAUUCCAAGUGCAUCCUGGUGGCCCAUGACUGGGGUGGGCUCCUCGCCUGGAAUUUCUCCAUCUACUACCCAUCCCUGGUUGAGCGGAUGGUAAUUGUCAGCGCUGCUCCCAUGUCUGUGUACCAAGACUACUCUGUGCGCCACAUUGGGCAGUUCCUCCGUUCCAACUACAUUUUCCUGUUCCAGCUUCCCUGGCUGCCUGAGAAAUUACUGUCCAUGUCUGACUUCCAGAUCCUGAAGAGCACCCUCACACACCGCAAGAGAGGCAUCCCACACUUAACCCCCAGCGAGCUUGAGGCCUUCCUUUACCACUUCUCACAGCCCAGUGGUCUCACUGGGCCCCUCAACUAUUAUCGAAACCUCUUCAGGAACUUCCCCCUGGAGCCCCAGGAGCUGGCCAUACCCACACUGCUGCUGUGGGGAGAGAAGGACCCCUACUUCGAGCAGGGGCUGGUAGGGGCCAUCAGUAGUCGCUUUGUGCCCGGCCGGCUGGAGGCCCACAUCCUGCCAGGCGUGGGACACUGGAUCCCACAGAGCAACCCUGAGGAGAUGCACGAGUACAUGUGGGCCUUCUUGCAAGACCUGCUGGACUAGUGGCUCUUGCUUGCUGGCCUGUGUGCCCCUGGGAACCCACACAACAUACAUACAUACCAGAGUGGGCUCCGGAUCCGGAUCUUGAACAGGGCGUGGACUCCUAGGCUGCACACAGGGGUGUUGGUGGAUGCCUUCGGGCACACCAAGCCAGAGGCUCACACACAGGUAUGAGUGUGUGUGCAUGUGAACAAGCACUUCAACCCUGGUACACCUGUCCUCUGUGGAGCUUGCUGCGGAGGACCCUACCUCCCCCUCCCUGGGGCCUCACUCUUCUUGCCAACCUCAGCCCCCAGAGCAGCAUCAACCACGUACUCUGACAUGUACAUACUCCAACAUGUACAUACUCCAGCCACCCCCCCCCCCAUCCCUGACUUUCCUCUCCAACCUGAGUCUUCAGCCAAAUGCUGCGGUCUAAAAGGGUAACUGGCAGCCACAUCUGGCUGCUUCAGUUUAAAUGCAAAUUAAUUAAAAUCAAUUAAAAAUUCA